AUGAGCCUUUCAUCAAUGUUUGUGUUCUUUCUUCCUUUUAUCUGUGAGGGGUUGGGAGCGCUGAUCCAAACCACUGUGGGGGCAGAUGUCGAGUUUCCGCUCUCAGAGGAGUGCAGGAAGGGAGAAGGCACACUGUAUCAGCGGCUGGAUGAUGCCAGCACUCAGCUCAUCGCAUCUCUAAAUGGUUACUGGAAGCCAGGGCGAGAUUACACUCACCGUGUGGUCGUAGGACGCGAUUGUUUAAUCUUAACAAAUGCUAACUUCAAUGACAACGGACAUUAUGAGUUUACCUGCAACAGGAAACACUUGGAAGCUUACAAGCUGGAGGUAUUUGUGCCCUCUGAAGUUGCUGUAUCCGAGGGUGGGGAUGCCAUCCUCCCGUGUCGCUCCGUCACAGCGGGCCAGUCGGUGAAGUCUGCGCGCUGGAGGAGAAACGGGGAAGUACUGCUGGAGCUGAAUGGUCGGACAGGGGGAAUCACAUACGGGAAUGACUUUAACAGAAGCCGGGUAUCGAUACCAUCUGACUGGGACCGACGGGCAGACCUGUCCCUCACCAUAAAGGGAGCUCAGCAACAAGAUGGAGGAGUUUAUUACUGUGAUAUAGAGAAGGCCGAGAAACACCGCUCUGCUGUCCGCCUGCGAGUGCGCAAACCACCGGAGUCCUACCACUGGAUAUGGAUCACAAUCAUCAUAACAGCAGCUGUGACAUCUGUGAUUGGUUUUGCUCUCAAGCUCUUUUGGGGCUGGAGAGAGAAGACCAAGGGUGUACAUGCAUGAAGAGAGCAGAGGAGACAGUGCCUGAAACAGUCCACUAAAUGACCAAUCAUUUAUAAUCAGGAGGAAAGCACAUCUCUAAAAAUUGCCCUGCCAAGCCUUCUGAUGUUAUACUGCCUAUAAAAAUAAAUAGAAAUAGCUUUUUGUAGUGCAUUACUUUUAGUACCAAAGUCCAAACCCAAACCUUUAUUUCAGUGUGUAAUGAAAGUCAUCAUGGCAAAAUAAACAGCAGAUAUCUGCACACUGCUAACUUACAGUAUAAAGAUAAAAGAAUACACAUACAGAGAUUUCUUUCUGACUUUUGACUUAUUGAUUUAUUUGUGUCUUCUUCUUCUUGGCAGCUCUUCACUUGGUACAGUUGAAAGUCUGUCCUGAGAGAGAAGGUAUAGCUUGGUUAUAACAACAGCAAAUAAUCAAUUUAUUUGAUUUCUUCAUUGAUCUGUAAGAGGCUGGAGCUUAUGGUUAAUGAAUUCAACAGUCUGGGUCGAGUAGUUGAAUUUAUUAUCAUUGUGUUGAGGAGAAAAGAGUCUUCAGGCCUCCAAAAGACCUUUUAAAGGUUCCAGGUGCCACCAAGUGUGACUGAGCAGGAGACUGAAUGUGGAUAUAAAUGUUCAUUUUAGAUUAUUGGCUGUAGGGUAAGGUUUCUAUUAUGAUUUGAUGCUAACAAGUUUAAUUUAGUUCCUUAGUUUAUUUGAUGAGGACACCCUGUGCUCAUCAAAUAAAUGAGGUUUGUGGGUCAGUUGGUUGCAGUCUAUGAGGGCUGCUAGUAAAUACGAGAGGCUGUUGCUGAAACCAUAAACCAGCAGCCAUGGUUUCAGUUUCUAGCUAAUUAAAGGUUUACAGUUUUAUGUUCCUUCAUUUGUUUGCUUUAUGGUUGUUUACAGGCCACAGUGACAACAUGUGGUGAAUUUGCUUGCAUGAUGAAAACACUACAGUUGGACUUCUUCUACGUUUAAAACUUUAAGGGAUUCUGUUUUUUCUUUAAUAACUGUGACUUAUACAUUUUCCAUACCAUGAAGUUACACAUACAUUCUGUCUUUUGAAUUAAGUCCACUUUUAAUCAUUCUAUGCUUCAGUAAAUCUGUGUGAUUUUAA